AUGGAAUUCCCCCCUCCGCCGUCGCGGCGCUCCCUGUUGAUGCUGUUGCCGCUGCUCUGGGCGGUGCCGGUGGCUGGCAGCAACUGGCAGUGCCCGCGCACCCCCUACGCCGCUUCCCGCGAUUUUGACGUGGAGUACGUGAUGCCCCGCGCCUCGGCCGGUGGUCCCAUACAGGCCAUGACGACCUAUGGCGGCGACGGGAACGGGGGCGCCGUGUUCGUGGCCACACGCAACCGCCUACAUGUGUUUGGGCCUGACUUGCAGCCUGUCCAGAGCCUGGUCACUGGCCCUGCCGGGGACCCUGGCUGCCAGAUGUGCGCUACCUGUGGCCCGGAGCUCCGUGGCCCGCCGGGAGACACUGAUAUGCAAGUGCUCGUGCUGGAACCGGCGCUGCCCGCACUUAUCAGCUGCGGCACGAGCAUGCAUGGCCGAUGUUUUCUGCAUGAGCUAGAGGCCAAUGGGACAGCCCUGCACCUGAUGUCACCUGCCUGCCUCUUCUCAGCUCCCAACAACCGGCCCGAGGACUGCCCGGACUGCGUGGCCAGUCCACUGGGCACCCUCGUGACCGUGGUUGAGCAGGGCCAUGCCUCCUACUUCUAUGUGGCUUCCUCACUGGAUGCAGUGGUGGCCUCCAGAUUCAGUCCACGCUCAGUGUCCAUCCGACGCCUCAAGGCUGAUGCCUCAGGAUUCGAACCCGUCUUUCCCGGGCUGUCGGUGCUGCCCACUUUCGUCACUUCCUACCGCAUAGAAUACGUGUACAGCUUUCACUCCGGAGAUUUCGUCUAUUUCCUGACCGUGCAGCCUGUCGUCAAUUUGAAUUCCUCACCUGUAGCUUGGCACACGCGCGUGGCACGGCUCAGCGCCGAGGCUACGGAAGCGGAGCUGGGCGAGUACCGUGAGCUCAAUCUCCACUGUCAAUUCGCCCCCAAACGCCGGCGCCGGGGGGUUGCUGCAGGCACUCAGAGCUACCCUGAGCUGCAGGCUGCCCAUGUCGCUCCGGUGGGCGGCCGAUUGGCAACGGAGCUAAACGUCGCAGAAGGUCAGGAAGUGCUAUUUGGGGUUUUUAAGGCUAACAGAGGCAGCAGCCCAGGUGUGAUCCCCAGCUCUGUGGUCUGUGCAUUUCCCGUCGACCAGAUAAACACCCUUAUUGACGAGGGUGUGAAACGCUGCUGCGAGCCUCCAGUCCACCCCGAAGUUCCCCGAGGCCUCAUCUUCUUCCAGCCGCCCAGUUUGUGCCCUAACCCGCCUAGCUCAGCGGCCCACAGCUCCAACAGCAGCUGCUACCACUUUCCCCUCGGGGUCAGCACCGUCUUCUCACGUGUGGACCUGUUCAAUGGACUCUUGGGACCUGUGCAGGUGACUGCGCUGUAUGUGACACCUCUCGGUAAUGUCACAGUGGCCCAUAUGGGCACAGCUGAUGGACGCAUCCUGCAGGUGGAACUGGCCAGGUCUCUCAGUUACUUGCUGUUUGUAUCCAACUUCUCACUGGGCAACCAUGGGCAGCCUUUGGAACGCCAUGUCAGUCGCCUUGGAGACCACCUGCUCUUUGCCUCUGGGGACCAGGUCUUCAAGGUACCUAUCCGGGGCCCUGGCUGCCGUCACUUCCUCACCUGUUUUCGUUGCCUGAGGGCACAGCGUUUCAUGGGCUGUGGUUGGUGUGGGGGCAUGUGUGGCCAGCAGAAGGAAUGUCCGGACUCCUGGCAACAAGACCAUUGCCCACCAGAGCUUACUGAGUUCUACCCCCGCAGAGGACCCUUGAGAGGCAGUAUGAGGCUGACCUUGUGUGGCUCCAACUUCUAUCUACGUUCUUCCAAUUUGCUGCCUAAUGGUACCCAUCAAGUCACCGUGGGCCAGAGUCCCUGCCGCCUACUGCCCAGGGGCAGCUCAAACCUCAGCCCAGUGCCCCAGAAGGACUUUGGAGAAGAGCUUGAGUGUGAACUGGAGCCCUUGGAUGUGCAGGAAGCCGGAGCUGCCAACGUCAGCCUCACCAUCACCAACAUGACACUGAACAAAUACUUUCGGAUCGACGGCACCGCUGCACUGCCAGGCUUCUCUUUCCUAGAGCCAGUGCUGACGGCAAUCUACCCCCUCUUUGGCCCACAAGCAGGGGGCACUCGCCUCACCCUUGAAGGCCACAGCCUGUCCGUGGGCACCAGCCGGGCUGUGUUGGUCAAUGGAACUGAGUGCCUGCUGGAAAAAGUCAGCGAGGGGCAGCUGGUAUGUACCAUGCCCCCUGGGGCUGCCGUGGCCAGCGUUCCCAUUCACCUGCAGGUGGGGGGUGCCACGGUGCCCAGCUCCUGGACCUUCCGCUACCGGGAAGACCCCAUCAUGCUGGGCAUCAGCCCCAACUGUGGCUACACGGGCUCACACGUGACUAUCCGGGGCCAACACCUGACCUCGGCUUCACACCUCAUGCUGUCAUUCGAUGAUGGGCUGGGGGUCGUGGAGAGCAGGUGUGAGAGGCAGCUCCCUGAGCAGCAGCGGUGCCGCCUGCCUGAAUAUGUGGUCCGGAGCCCACGAGGGUGGGUGCCUGGGAACCUGAGUGCACAGCUGGAUGGAGCUGCUGCCUUCACGCUGCCUGACUUUCGAGUCCUGCCCCAACCUCUCCCACCCACCAUUGACCUUGCCUCACUGAAGCCUGAGGAGCACACGGUUAAGUUUGAGUAUAUCGGACUGGGCGCUGUGGCCGACUGUAUGGAUGUAAAUGUGACUGUGGAUGGCAAGAGCUGCCAAUAUGAGUUCCGCGGGGAUGUGGUCAUCUGCCCACUACCCUCCUCCUCCCUGCAACGUGGCCGCUCUGGGGCCCUACUGGAGGUCUGCGUGGAUGACCAGUGUCAUAUCCUGGGCAGGGUGGUGCGGCCAGACCCAGUGGGGGUUCCACAAAGGAUGCUCAUCUUGGCCUUGUUGGCCUUGCUCCUGCUUAUAGCCAUACUGGUCACCGUGCUGGUGGUCAUGUACCGGCGGAGGAAGAAGCUAGUUCUAUCUUCCAAUCCGAGUGACCUGGACCGGAGCACUGGAGCCGUGUCUCUGCCACUGCUCAGCUCAGGCUUUGACUCCCAAACCGGCCUUGCUUCUGACAGUCUGGAUACCAGCUCUCGGGUCCAUAGAGUGUUCUCAGACUCUGGAGAUGGGGCUCCUGUCCCGCUGGUGCAGACCAUGUCCAUCCAGCCCGGGAAUCUGGAUCCAGCGCUCCUGGCUGAGGUCAAGGACAUGCUAAUUCCCCAAGAGCGGGUCAUCACCCACAGUGACCGCGUCAUUGGCAAAGGUCACUUUGGGGUUGUCUACCAUGGAGACUACACAGAUGAGGCCCAGAAUCAAGUGCACUGUGCCAUCAAGUCUCUGAGCCGCAUCACAGAGGUGCAGGAGGUAGAGGCCUUCCUGCGAGAGGGGCUGCUCAUGCGGGGGCUGCACCACCCAAACGUCCUGGCGCUCAUCGGCAUCGUGCUGCCCACAGAGGGGCUGCCCCUAGUACUGCUGCCCUACAUGCACCACGGAGACCUGCUCCACUUCAUCCGCUCACCCCAGCGGAACCCCACGGUGAAGGACCUUGUCAGCUUUGGCCUGCAGGUUGCCCGUGGCAUGGAGUACCUGGCAGAGCAGAAGUUUGUGCACAGAGACUUGGCGGCUCGAAACUGCAUGCUGGAUGACUCAUUCACGGUCAAGGUGGCUGACUUUGGUCUGGCCCGCUACAUCCUGGACAAGGAGUACUACAGCGUCCAACAGCAGCGCCACGCUCGCCUGCCUAUCAAAUGGAUGGCCCUGGAGAGUCUGCAGACCUACAAAUUCACCACCAAGUCUGACGUGUGGUCAUUUGGUGUGCUGCUAUGGGAGUUGCUUACACGGGGAGCCCCACCUUAUCCCCAUGUUGAUCCUUUUGACCUCACUCACUUCCUGGUGCAGGGCCGGCGCCUGCCCCAGCCCGAGUACUGCCCUGAUUCUCUGUACACAGUGAUGCAGCGCUGCUGGGUGGCAGACCCUGCAGCACGCCCCACGUUUGGAGUGCUAGCAAGGGAAGUUGAGAGGGUGGUGAGUGUGCUGCGUGGGGACCACUACGUGCAGCUGCCCGCCACCUAUGUGAAUCUGGGCCCUGGGGCCUCGGCUGAGGAAGACGUGGCGACAGAACAAUCACCAUCCCCACCUGUGUGCAGGCUCACAGAGCAAGCCCGGCCUCUUUCAGAACCACCUCAGCCUUUGUGA